UCAUAACAAUCCCACACAACAGAUCUCAGUCGGGUCAUGCCACAGUGGCUCUCUGUACCCACGGAGCAGUACUGCAGUCGCUAUCGCACACAAAAGCGGCCACACACAAAGGCCACAUGGGAAAAAUGGCGGCAAAGUGGGCUUCAAAGAGUGCUGACAUUGUGUGUGUGUGAUACCCAAGCAACGGCUGAGAUCAUGGGGGAACAUGGAGGACGUGUGGAGAGGGGCCCCACGAAGGCUCUGCACGAAGGGGGUGUGGAGGAGCUUCUCUCUGAAGUAGGAUGAAUAGAGGAUUGCAAUGAAAAAUAGCACACAGGGCCAUCAUAACAUAGCCUGGUGGGGGAACAUGGAGCGAUGGGACAGCAUCACAUGACUGAUGUGUUCUUGGGGGUGGGGCAGUCAUGCUGGACACAGGGUCUCGCUUCAUAGCAGUGAAACAUCUCCCUGAUGGACCGUGCCAUGCUCGUUAAUGACUGACUACAGAAAAGUCCAUCUCAUGCCACAAUUAGUCGAUCCAGUAAAGGUGAAUACGCUCACAAAAGAGGAUUUGCAGACUAAAGCUUGCAAGUGAUGAGAAAAUGUGCAAGGGUCUCGCCUCUAAAGUGAAUCAGGUGAAGAAAACAAGGAGUGUGUUCGAACUUCGAAGCUGCAGUAAGGCUUCAUGGUGGAGACAUGGCUAGGGUGGCCAGGGUCUCCUCUCCCAAGCAGGCAAGUCAAGGCAGAGGCGAUGGCAUCACCCGUGCCCACCAGAUAAGACCCCACAGCAGGUGAUCGCUAUCGGGCCCUGCCUCAGCAGUGCAUGGUGGCGAGGAUGCCAUCUUCGCCAGAGCGUGGCUUAGAUCUGAGGAUAGGGCUGACAAGGUAGCACGCAAAGUUGACUCUCAAAGGACAGAGGGGCCUCAUGCCUCUAUGGACAGUUGGGUCUGAUAAGCUGCUUUGACAGAAUGAUGUACGCUGCUACGAGUGUUGUAGUGCUGUAAGUGGUCUUGGGAUUUGCUUGGUUUGUUCAUCUAAUUUUUUUUAAAAGUCCAAGAAGCUGCCAAGUGAUCAUCAUUCUUACCAUGAGCUCAUCAUUCAUGUAUGUAUUUUCAAAUGCCCAUAAUAGGAAGAGCAGCACUAGGUUUGGUAAGGAAGAUGAACUAAUGUCUCCUGGUUAUUUUCAAUUUUGACCCUGUCAUCUGUCACACCUGGGUAUCCUUCAUUAGGACUUCCCAGACGGUGUGAAGGCAAACUCCCAGGCAGGGGCCUCAUACUCGGGAUUCACUCCAGGUGAUGUCAUAGGGGCCCAGAGCACCUGUGCGAGACUGUCAGUCUUCGGAACAGUAGGACCGCUACCAUGACAAUGAGAGGCUCUGUUUGCUUGCACAGUUGUACUCCGUGCUACUGGCACCUCAUUGCCGCUCUCUCUUUCUACUCGCAUUUGCUUUAUGACGGAGCCUUCAGCUUUAGGUCAAACUCAACCUACCGGUAUAUGUUAAAGGCACCCUUAACAAGAUUGGCUCUCGGGGUCCCCCUCUGGUUGAGAAGCACAAUAAUAAACAAACUAAAUAUGUGUCUUUUGCGACAAAAUAUGAACAUAACGCCGAUAUAAUAUAGAGGGGAUGCACUGAAAGCAGUCUGUAGAAAAAUAUCUCUGAAUUCCUGUAGCUUUUGCGUUUUGAGGGGGGAUGGGAGGGGGGACAGUUUCCUACCUGAAACUAGAAAGUUGCUAGGUCGGUAAUCUACUACAGAAGGCCACUCAGACAAUGGCAGUGCUGUUUGUGAUGUUAUGAGGUUAUGUGGCAUCAAAAUUAUUUUGGAAACAUUAUAUUAUGGUCAAAAAAGCAGCCGUAGCUGUUACUAUCUUCUUUGCAAACAAUUUCUUGAAAAUCCACACCAUAUCAGUAUACUCAACUUGGAAAUCAAUCAAAUCAAUUUGGAAAGGUGAAUGAAGUGAACUGAGCUGUUGAAAUCAGAGUAAACUGAGUAAUUUAAUAAUAAAAGAUCCUUUUUUCAUCUGGUGUUUUUUGCAAACAUGUGUUUUCUUCCGUGCUACAAAGGCACAUUAUGUCAGUUGCCUUAAAUCAUUUAUUAACUUUAGUCCAUGGUGGCAAUGUGCAUGGUGUAAUCAUCAGUCUGUGUCCAGUUCAGUGGACAAACCUUCACCUUCUUAUCAUAAACCUUCAUAUUUUGCUGCAGUUUAUCAUGGAUGGUUUGUCAGCGCCAAGCCUAAAAUAGAGACCAAGGGUUACAUUUCUUUUGUCCAUCUGCGAAGGGUUUGCUGGGAGGUGGUGGUCAGCCAGCGCUCCAGAUUGCCUGAAGGUCAUCUUGCGCCUCGUGACGCAGAUGGUGACUCAGACAUGUGCUGACCUCAUCUGCGUGGCAUUUGGAGUUUUACUGGUCUCUCCUGGCCGUCUUCUCCGCAGGUGCUAAUGCCAUUACCACUGCCAUUCACAGAGACGUGUGAGAGCCGUCUGGACGUCCCCCGGCUUUUCACCUACACAUGAAUCCCCACCCUCAGCUGCCCUCCUCAUGGCCAGCGUGACAUGAACAUAGGAGGAGAUCUGUCUCAUGUUUCUAUUUCCUUCCCAAGAUAGAGAUUUGGUUAUUUUGUGCUCUUCCAGUCUAGUAAUGUAGUGUACUUUACCAUCAUUUGACUGCUAUUUAUUUGUUAAGGAUGGGUUUACUUCCAACAAAACCUUUACCUCAGUCUGUCGUGCCUGGCAGAGGGGCUUUUUAGAGAGUAAGGUAGGCUAUUGUCUCCCUUUGGAAGAGAACAUUUGCUCUUGCAUUGUUGCCCUGUUUCCAUGGGAACACCAUAGGUUGCAAAUAGAAGAAAACAAACAACUGGGUCAUGCGAGAUGAAAGUUUGUGCAAAAUUAAAGGGGAAAGGGGAAAUGUUGUCAUUUUGUUUUCAAGCUGACAUGGACCCUAUUGCCUGGUUCCUGAAACAACAUCCUUGGUUUCUGUCAGUGGGGGAAUCUGCCCCCCCCACACACCCUCUAAAGCAGGAGUUCACAGAAAGUCAGAAAGGGGAUAACAGCCACAUGAAAACCCUUCCCCUCAGCCAUAGCCCCUCCCCUUCUCUGUGGUCCAAACACGGACAGCACGAUCCCGUGCCUUGUAUAGGAGGGAUGACAUCACCGGCUAGUGCUGAGUGGUGAGAUGCCGCUUUACGCAACUUUCACCAUUCAUCGCUCGUUGAUGACAUGUUUGGAAUGUGAUGGCUAAUUUCCUUGGGACGGGGGGGUCCUUGAUCCAACCCUCAGGAGCGCUGCUUCAACUCUCUCACAGCUUCAAAACAUUCCAUGCAUGGAUCUACCUGCACUGCUCCCAGCCUUAAGGACUGAAGAGGCUUCUGGAACAGGAGAAAAGCUACCAGCUUCGAAAAGAAAAGGAGCAUAGCAAGCGCCUGGAGAAAGUCCGCCAGGAGCUGGUGAAGCUGAAGUCUUUUGCCCUCAUGCUCGUUGACGAGAGGCAGCUCCACAUUGAGCAGAUUGACCUGCAGAGCCACAAGGUCCAGGACCUGACUAAGAAGCUGCAGGAGCGGGAUCAGCAGCUGGAGACGGUCAGCAGUCAGUCCAAGGAAGGCCAGCAAAAGGUCCUGCAGCUCGAGGCGGAGCUGGAGAACAGAACCACCAAGGUCACCCAGGAGCAUGAGGAGAUGACCUCCAAGCUGAGCUACCACGAGUCGGAGAGCCGCCAGCUGCGCCUGAAGCUGGCCACCCUGUCGCGCCGCAUCGAGGAGCUGGAGGAGAGCAAUGGCGCGCUGCAGAAGUCCGAGGCUGACCUCCAGGAGCUGCGGGAGAGAAUCAGCCGCGGGGAGUGCGGCAACUCGAGCCUCAUGGCCGAACUGGAGAACCUUCGCAAGAAGGUCCUGGAGAUGGAAGGCAAGGACGAGGAGAUCACCAAGACGGAGAUGCAGUGCAAGGAGCUGAAGAAAAAGCUUCAGGACGAAGAGAGCUACAGCAAGGAGCUCAGGCUGGAGGUGGAGAAGCUCCAAAAGAGGAUGGUGGAGCUGGAGAGACUGGAGGUGGCUUUUAACAAGAGCAAAGCAGACUGUGCACAGCUCCACACCAAUCUAGAGCGGGAGAAAAACUUGGCCAAAGACUUAGCCAGUGAGCUGGAGACGGUGAAAAGUCGCGUGAAAGAGCUUGAGAACUCAGAGUCCAAGUUUGAAAAGGCUGAGGUGAGUUUGAAAGAAGACCUGUCAAAGCUGAAGUCAUUUACAGUAAUACUUGUUGAUGAGAGGAAAAACAUGUCUGAAAGAAUCCAACAAGAGGAGCAGAAAAGUGACGAUUUAAGUAAGAUGUUUAAGACAGAACAAAGCAAAGUCAUGGAGGUUACAGAAAAGCUGAUUGAAGAGAGCAAAAAGCUUCUGAAGUUAAAGUCAGAGAUGGAGUUUAAAGUGAGCACGCUCACCAAAGAGAAGGAGGAUUUGCAGACUAAGCUUGCGAGAGAAGAGGAAAAGUGCAAGGAUCUCGCCUCUAAAGUGAAUCAGAUGAAGAAAAGAAUGAAUGGGUUUGAAGAGGCCGGCAGAGAAUCUUCCAAAAGCAUGGCCGGUGUAGACAAACUGAGAAUCUCUGAGGAGGACAACAAAGUCAAAGAGUUGACUCUGGAGAUUGAACGGUUAAAAAAACGCCUUAAACAGCUCGAGGUGGUGGAAGGGGAUCUGAUGAAGACUGAGGAUGAGUAUGAACUGCUCGAGAAGAAGUUCAGGACCGAACAGGACAAGGCCAACGCUCUCUCUCGGCAGCUGGACGAGAUGAGAAGCCAAAUCGCCCGCAAUAAGGCCAUAGAGAAGGGAGAGAUGGUCAGUCAAGAGACGGAGCUGAGGAUGCGCUGCAAGAUGGAGGAGGCUAAGACCCGCGACCUGCAAGCAGACGUCCAGGCCUUGAAGGAGAAGAUCCACGAGCUCAUGAACAAAGAGGACCAGCUCUCCCAGCUGCAGGUGGACUACGCCAUCCUCCAGCAGAGGCUGAUGGAGGAGGAGGCCAGGAAGAGGAGCAUGAGUGAGGAGGUGUCGAACCUCACCAAGGAGCUGGAGGUCACCAAGUGCUACAGCCGCGUUACACGGCCCAGCAUGAACGGGAAGAGAAUUGUGGACGUGCCGGUGACCUCCACCGCGGUGCAGACGGAUGUGGCUGCCGGCGGGCUGGUGGAGGAGGAGAACCCCGCCGUGUUCAUCAGGAAGUCCGUGCUGGAGGAGAACCACAUCAUGAGUAACCUGAGGCAGAGGGGUCUCAAGAAGCCCGCGGUCCUCGAGCGCUACCCUCCCGCAGCAGCCGAGCUCAACAUGAGGAAAUCUUGGAUCCCCUGGAUGAAGAAGAAGGAGCCCAUCACGGUCGCCCAGACGACCCCCGAGAGGACUGUGCCCCAGGUCAACGGCGAGACCACACCUGAGCCAAUCACCAUGUCCCAAAAGCCUGGGCAGCCACUGCACAUACGCGUCACGCCCAAUCACCAAAACAGCACGGCCACGCUGGAGAUCACUAGCCCCCGAGCCGAAGACUUCUUCUCCAGCACCACCAUCAUCCCAACGCUGGGCCUCCAGAAACCACGCAUCACCAUCGUGCCCAAGCCAACCACGGUCACGCCAAAAAUGAAGACUGGAGAGGGAGCUUGUGGACCAGAACGAGCCAAGUCCCCAGUCACCAUCACCACCAUCUCCAGAGCCAAGGGCCCCGAGGCUGGGAAGGGCACUGAUUCAAACAAGCCCCUCUCUCCUGUGUCCAUCAUCACAGUCAGCACCUCUCCGCUGGCAGAGGCCAUAGGGGUGGCGUCACAAGAGCCUCGAGAUGUGACAGGCGGUCGGACGGUUUACAAGGUCACCCCCGAGAAGCAGUCAGCUUCUUCAACAAUCAGAAAGUGCAGUUCCAACACAAACAUCAUCACCACAGAAGACAACAAAAUCCACAUUCACUUAGGGCCGCAGUUCAAGAGGCCCCAGGACAGCGGCAGCAGCGGCAGCAGCAGCGGCAGUAGUCCCAUGAUGACCAUUCGGCCCCUCAGCAUGGCUGCGGAGAGCAAGGAGGCUGCGAUGGGCACCGUUCUGAGAUCACCACGUCAAAACGCUGCCACCACCACACCUGGGAAGGCCACAGCUAGCAAAGUCACCAGCAGCAUUACCAUCACCCCUGUUACCUCCUCUCCUGCCAGACCAACACAGUCGGUGGUGAGUGACACAAAACUGCCCUUAAAUAUUACCAUCAGCCCCGUAACCUCCUCUCCUGCCAGACCAACACAGUCGGUGUCCGGGGCGGAUGGACAGUCAGCGCGGCCCUCAGCCACACGAAUCCCUAUGUCAAAAGGUAUGAAAACAGGAGGGAAGACAGUCAUGGGCAUCUCCUCAGUCACAAGGCUGGAGUCGCGGGCUGAGAGUCAGUCAGUGAAAAUUGAACUGAGGAAGUCUGCCGUUUGCAGCUCUGUCAUCACAGGGGGCAGGAAGGCCUGAAGUGCCUCAUGGUUACUAUGGAAACUAAAUAGGGCCUAUAUUUUCCGUGUGCCUUGGCCUUCACCUUUAUCAUAGUGAUAAUAUGAAACACGCUGAAUUUGGUCGAGGAAAAACUGAAAUUCACUAUCUUCACAAUCUUGCUGAUGCUCAACCACGUGAAUAUGUUUUUUUUUGUUUGUUUGUUUUUUACUUCUCAAAGGACCGCUUCAUAAACUGUUCAUGUAUAGCAUGGGAUCAGCUGUGGGGGGGGGGGGACAUGUUCCUGCAUGUUUUGACUUGCUUUGACGCAAAGCUUUCAUGUGUUUUUUUUUGGGGGGGGGGGGGGGUAAAAAUCACUUCACUACUAAUGCCAUUGGCUGGACUUUGUCAUGUGAUUCACUGGACAUUAUUGAAAUGCAUACCAUUCAUUUUCAUCUCAUUUUGUUUAUGUCCAACCUAUGGAGGUUUUCACAGAAAGGGAACAAUAUGACUCAAUGUAUAUAGCAUCAAUCUGAAUGAACUGAUAGUUCAUUCAGAUGAUAGUGACCAAUAGCAAUCCAGUUUGUUUUUGUAUUAUAAUUCAUGCUUAUGCUGCACUUAACACAUGCAGGAAAAGGACAGUGGAAGCCUCCAUACGACAGCUGAAUUUCAUAUCUCAUAUGGCUGUAAGCAAAUCUAAUCUGUACGAUUGCAAAAGCAUGUUCAACAACUACAUGAUGUAAUAAAAAAAAAAAUUGUCUGUGGGGCCACAUCUGAUCACGUCUGAGACUGGAGAUCCAGGACAUGGAAGGAAUGUUGUUGCAAAGAACAAAGUCUUAAGAAAUAUUAUGGAUCUGAUUUUAACAAAUCCAGCCCGAAAUGACAAUAGACUUUAACAAAAACAAUUGAGAUAAAAGCAAGGUCAUGUCUAUCUGAUUUCUCAAUUAACAAAAGAAUGGAUUAAAGGAAAAUAAACGCUGUCUUGGUAUUCAAGACUUGGUACCCUUGUUCAAGCCCAAGAAUGCACUUCAAAGUAAUCCUCUGAUGAACAGACUUGCAUUUCCCUGUUGAAAACUUUUGUCUUUAUUCAAUUAAGUCAAUAAGCAUUAGGGAAACGAAUAAUGCUUUUAAGGAACAUAAAAAGAUUACUUUAACAUUUGCUUUGGACUGACUCCCCUGCAGUCUUGGUGGGAAAGUUGGGGAAACUAGCAGAAAUUAAUGGGUGAACUGAAACAUAAGGCAAUGAUGUAGUUCAUUCUAAUGUGCUUUAAAUUAUUAUGCCUUACAACAAAAUAAAAUAACAAUGGUCUGCAAGC